GGUUGUCAUCAUCAUAUGCUCUUCUUUCGUUGGUGAGUUAUUUGUUACUGCUGUGUCACAGUAUCCGUAUUGAGGUUGUGGUUUUGCUGUGUAAGAGAGUGUGUUCCUCUUUUCCAAUGCUUUUUGUUCUGUGUUUCAAUGCUGUCUUUCUUUCAGUCUUUGAGUUUUCCACUAAAGCCCCGGCAAAGCGGAUCGACCUCUUCGUAACACUUUGAACAAUGAAAACAUCCAGCAAAGCACUUCUCACAGUUCUGAAGAUGGUUUUUGUUUCAUUGAUAUCAGCACAACAAGUCAAAGUCCUGCCUGAAGUGACGGGAUACCUCGGCCAUGAUGUCACCCUGCCGUGCCAAUUCAUCCCAGAGUCAGAAGACGCCGUUGUGUCUCAGUGUCAAUGGGAGCUCCAAACACCAGAAGGAAUGGAAAUCAAAAUUGUUGUUUCUAACAACAUAUUUGGAGUUAAUGUUUCAGACUCGUUUCUGAAGGACAGAGUAGAGAUUAAAGAACAAUCUCUGAUAAUCCACAAAGUGGAAAUGAAAGAUGCAGGAAGUUACACCUGCACCAUUUCAACCUUUCCUAGUGGUUCAAUUAAAGGAUCCACCCAGCUUCAUGUUCAAGAAGAGAUGCCGUUAUCCUCAGGGUUGGUGUCUGCUAUAGUGAUUGCUGUCAUUGUGCUGUUAGUGGUCAUUGCAGCCAUUGUUUAUUGGAUCUUCAUCAGAAGAUGUGAUCCUACGGCCAGGCAGCGCGUCUCCGUAGAUACAGGUGGUGCACAGGUGUGUGUGGGGAGACCAUCCUUCAUUGUAAGAGACGAGAGUGUGGUUUAUUCUGACGUCAAGCUCAAACGGUCAAGAGAUUCUGCAGUAUCACACAAUGAGAAGCAAACGGCCGAUGAUGUCACGUACUCCGAAGUCUCAAUUUUGCGCCAGCAACUCAAAUGACAUUAAAUAUCUGCUGAAGUAAAGACAAAGUUAGCAGUUGGGUAUGAUUUAGUUAAAUUAGAAGAUCAGUCGCUUCUAAAAUCAAAUCUAACCUUUGUGGCUGCUCUAGAACUUGUGUACAUGCUCGCAUGUAUUUUAUACCCAAGGACCUGAGUUCCCACUGCAGCCUGACAGCAGGCGAUGCAGGAUAAAGGAAGUCUGCAGCGCAUUCAUUGGCUGCGGUAUUCUUUAAAAUAAUCAAUACAGCCAUGCUGUUAGUUAUGUGAGGCUGAACUGUGCUAUAAGCUCACAUUGACAUGCUAACAUGCUAACAACGACAACGUCACCAUGUUUGUGUUUAGCAGGCUUACCAUCUUCAUCUUAUUGGUUAAACAUUUUAACGUUUUUAAAUUAGAGCUAAACACAAAGCAAAGCUAAGGUCUAUUUAGAAAAUAGAAAUUUUUCAAAAAUAUACUUCCUAUUUUUACAUUGUUUAUAAGAAAAAAGGAGGAAGACAAAAAAAGGAAGCCAAAAUUGUUCAAUGCCAAAGUCCUGUUUAUAGAUGUUGCAAUCUGAGCAUGAGGGAAGUAAGAAGGUGACACGAUUACACACAGAGCCGCUCUGAGUUGGCGGCUGGUUUUCAGCCGUAUUUCGUCACAAGGGCAUUUCGCGAGUGUGAGAUCAUAUAUCUGCUAUAAAGUUAAACUCCCUUUGGGUUUCUCAGAAACAUUAUCUUUUAGAAAAGAAAUGUCUAUAUUUGCUGGGUAUAGUUUAUCAAAAUCCAUACUUGAAAAAUGUAAUCCUUGGGUCUUUACAUUCAUAUACAGUUAAUAUUGAUUGUUUCAUGUUAAGGGAUUAGUUUUUGUCAGAUGUGGUGAUAAAUGGCUGAAGUCUUAAUGUUUUGUUUUCACACUCGUUAAAUCGGUUUCACUAAGCUCUAAAACUGGAAGAGGAAGUAACCAUUGUUUGCGUUUGCACCAUUGUAAAAUCAAUAAGAUACAUUUUGUAUUGAAAAUAAUCAUUGCCGCUUGGGGCCCUGGGAGUGUGAUAAAACCUACAGCAAAAGCAUUUUUGUUCCUGUGGAUUUACUUAAAUGUUAUCUUUCCUUUAAUCCUAAACGUAUUGUGCGCACAGGUUUUAAUCCUAGUGAUGUUUAGCUUUCUAUGACAGCUGAGGUAAAUUAUCUCCCAUCCAUAAUCGAGCGUUAAACAAACACCAGCCAGAUAAAGACAAGAUAACUGAAAAUAUUUAGGGGGUAAUGGAAGAAGGUAAAGAGCCACUUGUUACUUUGACAAUCUGGUUUGCACAGCUUCCGUGACAAUUACAAAUCAGGAAAACUAAUUUGUAACUUCACCAUAUUACAUGAUCCUAAUUCAAUCACAUAUUCAAAACUAUUGGUGUUGUCCUUGACUUUUAUCAAAUUUUCAGCACAUCAUCAUGUUUUGGCCACAUGAUGUCUGCGUGCGGGUAUUAAUCAGAGAGGAACAAACUAGCGGAAGUCAUGACUUCCAUUUGAAAGAAAUGUAAAGUUUAGUGUUUCUGGUAUUCUGUGAAUCUGAAAAUAUUCACAGUGACGAUUUGAGGCACAACUCCCCUUGCUCUUCUGUUCAUUUACAUCAAGAUCCCAGGUAAAAAGAAAGGUUUAAAAUAAGUGUCACCUUUCACAGUUUUACAUCACUGCUUAACUUGUAACUGCAACCAACACACUGAUUCACGCUGUGGAACAAAUGUAUCAAACAAGAAUAAACUAGCCUAUUUCAAACUUGUAGUUUACUCGAGUACAGUUCUUGAAUAAUUGCAAUUAAAAAUGUUUCCUGUGUAAACAUGGGAGGACGGCACCUCGAGGGACAGACUUUUAAAAAGACGACAACAGGAGGACUCCAUGCAUGUCUAAAUAUAGUAGCUGUCACGUUACUGUAGUGGCACU